AUCGGGCAAAGAGAGGAAGAAGAGGGCUUUUCUUCUUGAAACCUGAGAGAGCUUCAAAUUCUGCCCUAGAUUUUUCAAUUCGAUUUCAGAACCACCAAAGUUAACAAAUUGAAGAGCGCAAUAGAGACCCAGAGAGGUCAAUAUGAAGACGACCAAGGGAGGCAAGGUCAUGAACCCUACGGACGCUUAUCGUAAGGAGCUCCGCAAAAAGGAAUUGAAAAGGAACAAGAAAGAAAGAAAGAAGGUGAGGGAGGUGGGGAUCUUGAAGAAGGAUCCCGAGACCCUGAAGGAGCAGAUUGAUAAGUUGAAUAAGCAGAAGGCUGAUGGUGCUCUGGACAAAGCAAGAAAACACAAGAAGAGGCAACUAGAGGAUACACUUAAUCUUGUUAUGAAGAAGAGGAAGGAAGUUGAAGAGAAGGCAAAGGAGAAGGGUGAGACCCCGGUUAUGUUCAGCCAUUUGGGACCACCUAAAAGACGAACAACCGCUGAAGAAGAAGAAAGAGCAAAGCAUCCAAAGCCUGAGGAUUCUGUUUACUACCACCCAACCUUGAAUCCUACUGGGGCCCCACCACCUGGAAAGCCUCCAAUGUUUCAAUCAUCGAUAGGACCAAGAAUUCCUUUAUCUGCUGCUUCAUCAAGUGGGGCUGCAUCAUCCACUGAGGAUGGAAUUUUGGCUGAUCCUCUGCUCAAUUCUGGUGAUGGCUCCGUUCUACCGGAGUCUUUACCUCUACCUCCUCCGCCUCCAUUGCCGCCCAACCCUGCAGCUGCAAACUCAGGUAUCUCACUGCCACCACCUCCACCUCCUCCUCCUGGACCCCUGCCUCCUAAAGAGGAGAUUGCUAAUCGCACUCUACUUCCCCCUCCUCCACCUCUUCACCAGUCUGCACAGCCACCUCCACCUGGUAUCAGUGGAAGCGAGAGGGAGAACAAUCAAUCUCCAUUUUCUGAUCAACCACCUGCCAAGGAUCUCACACAGGUACUUCCUUCCCCUCCUCCCCCUCCUGGUUUGCCUCCAAAUUCAGCAAAUACUCAAUUUGAAGGUGCAACUUCUGAUGCUGAAACCAAUAAUACUCUAGUGACCAGGGAUCUUACUAAAAUGGUUCCACCACCACCUCCUCCAAGACAACAACCUCCAGUGCCUGGACCCACCCUGAUUCCAAAUAUACAUCCCGAUGUGUUACCCCCAGGUAUCUCUCGUUUUCCUCCACCGCCACCUCCACCAGAUAUGCGGCCACCAUUAUCUGCUCCUGGACUUCCCAGUCGACCAGGUCCACCAGGCAUGAUGGUCCCAAUGAUUCCCAGGCCACCAUAUGGACCUCCCCCUGGACCUCCCCCAAUGAUGAGACCACCACUUCCACCUGGCCCCCCUCCUACAUUUCAAGAAGAUGACCAUGUAGCCUACGGCGUGGCUGCUCAUCAUAAACCAUCAUAUAUUAAAUCGGCAGCAUCUACUGUUGUUAAGAGGCCUCUAGCUCAGCACACUCCAGAACUUACAGCCAUGGUUCCUGCAUCUGUUCGGGUUAGGAGAGAGAUGGCUGCCCCCAAAGCAAAAGCAAAAACAUCACUCCCAACUACAGCAGCAGCUGCCCGGCCAGUAGCUACUGUUGUGAAACCAGAGUCAGCGAACUCUUCGUCAGCACCAAAGGCAGGAAGCAUUGAUGACUCUUACAUGGCCUUCCUGGAGGACAUGAAGGCACUUGGUGCACUUGAAGGUUGAGAUCGUAGUAGCUGGUUAGGGGGCUCAAAGAAGAUAAAGAAGGAUGGCAUGCCUGUAGCAAAACACGGGCUGAAGUGAAGCUGGGGGGUUGAGCAUAUUUGAUUGUCAAUUACCUCGGUUUCCUAAUGCAUCAAUUUCAUGGUGAAAUUCUGUAUUAACAGACUGAAGAUGUGGUAGAAGUUCGGGAUGUAUGAUAUUUGAUUGAUCUUUAAUAUAAUUGAUUACGACUGCUCUUUCUUGAGUA